CGCCAUCUUUAGCCGCUCGUGCUAUUGACAAUAACAAGCCUCAGCUCGCUCCCCCUCCCCCCAGCCAGGGCAGCUCCCCUCCCUCCUAGAGGGAGAGGGGGGGCGGAGCUGCCGCCUCACAGACUCACUGAGUCGCUCCUGCAGCAAGGGGGGGAGAGAGAGACCGAAAAGCAGGAACGGCGGACGGUUUGGCCGUUUACCUGUCUGCCUUCUCAUUCGCUCUCCCCCCCUUGUUCUGCUCGCUCCCGGUGUCAGCCUAUCCGCCUUCCCAAACCCUCCCAUUCCCCCGGUGCAGCCCCCCCUUCACUUUCCUUCUCGUCCUCUGUGUUUCUCCUCUCUUCUUUCUUCCCUUCCCCCUCCAACAUUGCCACCUUCUCCCCUACACGCACGCAAGGCACCUAAACGUAGGUUUUUGAUGCUCCUCUGCCUCUUGACCCCGCUAUUUUCAUGUUUCCAACAGGUUUUUCUUCCCCCAAUCCCUCAGCUGCUGCUGCUGCUCAGGAGGUCAGAUCUGCCACUGAUGGUAAUACCAGCACCACUCCGCCCACCUCUGCCAAGAAGAGAAAGUUAAAUAGCAGCAGCAGCAGCAGUAGCGGCAGUAACAGUAGUAACGAGAGAGACGACUUUGAUUCUACCUCUCCCUCCUCUUCUACUCCUCCUUUACCACCUAGGGAUUCGGCAUCCCCUUCAACCUCGGCUUUCUGCGUGGGGGUUUCGUUGGCUGCUUCCAGCCACGUACCAAUACAGAAGAAGCUGCGCUUUGAAGACACCCUGGAGUUUGUAGGGUUUGAUGCGAAGAUGGCUGAGGAAUCCUCCUCCUCCUCCUCCUCAUCUUCACCAACUGCUGCAACAUCUCAGCAGCAGCAGCAACUUAAAAAUAAGAGUAUAUUAAUCUCUUCUGUGGCUUCAGUGCAUCACGCAAACGGCCUGGCUAAAUCUUCUACAACCGCCUCUAGCUUUGCUAACAGCAAGCCUGGCUCUGCUAAGAAGUUAGUGAUCAAGAACUUUAAAGAUAAGCCUAAAUUACCAGAAAACUACACAGAUGAAACAUGGCAGAAACUGAAAGAAGCAGUGGAAGCUAUCCAGAAUAGUACUUCGAUUAAGUACAAUUUAGAAGAACUCUAUCAGGCUGUAGAAAAUCUCUGUUCUUACAAGAUUUCUGCAAACUUGUACAAACAGCUGAGACAGAUUUGUGAAGAUCACAUCAAAGCACAAAUUCAUCAGUUCAGAGAGGACUCAUUGGAUAGUGUUCUUUUUCUAAAGAAAAUUGAUAGAUGCUGGCAGAACCACUGUAGACAAAUGAUCAUGAUCAGGAGCAUUUUUUUGUUUCUGGAUAGAACUUAUGUUCUUCAGAAUUCAAUGCUACCCUCCAUUUGGGACAUGGGACUGGAGUUAUUUAGGGCUCAUAUUAUAAGUGAUCAAAAAGUCCAGACUAAGACAAUUGAUGGCAUUCUUCUGUUGAUUGAGAGGGAAAGGAAUGGUGAAGCAAUUGAUAGAAGUUUACUCCGAAGCCUUUUAAGCAUGCUCUCUGACUUGCAAAUUUACCAGGAUUCUUUUGAACAACGAUUUUUGGAAGAAACUAACCGGCUUUAUGCAGCUGAAGGCCAAAAAUUAAUGCAGGAAAGAGAGGUUCCUGAAUAUCUUCAUCAUGUUAACAAACGUCUAGAAGAAGAAGCAGACAGACUUAUUACUUACUUAGAUCAGACGACCCAGAAGUCAUUAAUCGCCACUGUAGAAAAACAACUUCUUGGUGAACACUUAACAGCAAUUCUUCAGAAAGGUUUAAAUAACCUUCUUGAUGAAAACCGAAUUCAAGAUUUAUCUCUUCUGUAUCAGCUCUUUAGUAGAGUUCGAGGGGGAGUUCAGGUUCUCUUGCAACAGUGGAUUGAAUACAUUAAGGCAUUUGGCAGCACAAUUGUAAUUAAUCCUGAAAAAGAUAAAACCAUGGUUCAAGAAUUGCUGGAUUUUAAAGAUAAGGUUGACCAUAUUAUUGACAUCUGUUUCAUGAAGAAUGAAAAAUUUAUCAACGCCAUGAAAGAAGCAUUUGAAACAUUCAUUAACAAGAGACCAAACAAACCUGCCGAACUUAUAGCCAAGUAUGUAGAUUCAAAGCUUCGUGCUGGCAACAAAGAAGCUACAGAUGAGGAACUUGAAAAAAUGUUGGAUAAAAUUAUGAUCAUAUUUAGAUUUAUCUAUGGCAAGGAUGUUUUUGAGGCCUUCUAUAAGAAAGAUUUAGCCAAACGCCUGUUAGUUGGGAAGAGUGCAUCUGUAGAUGCUGAAAAAUCAAUGCUCUCAAAACUUAAACAUGAAUGUGGAGCUGCUUUCACCAGCAAACUUGAAGGAAUGUUUAAAGACAUGGAACUUUCUAAAGACAUCAUGAUUCAGUUCAAACAGGUAAAAUAUAUGCAGAACCAGAAUGUACCUGGGAAUAUUGAAUUAACUGUGAAUAUCCUAACAAUGGGUUAUUGGCCAACAUAUGUGCCUAUGGAAGUCCAUUUACCGCCAGAGAUGGUAAAACUUCAGGAGAUUUUUAAGACAUUUUACCUAGGCAAACAUAGUGGCAGGAAACUUCAAUGGCAGUCGACCCUAGGACACUGUGUGUUAAAGGCAGAAUUUAAAGAGGGUAAAAAAGAACUCCAAGUGUCUCUUUUUCAAACACUGGUGCUGCUGAUGUUUAAUGAGGGAGAGGAGUUCAGUUUAGAAGAGAUCAAGCAGGCUACUGGAAUAGAGGAUGGCGAGUUAAGGAGAACACUGCAGUCCUUGGCCUGUGGCAAAGCUAGAGUUCUGGCAAAAAAUCCGAAGGGCAAAGAUAUCGAAGACGGUGACAAAUUCAUUUGUAAUGAUGAUUUCAAACACAAACUUUUCAGGAUAAAGAUCAACCAAAUCCAAAUGAAAGAAACGGUUGAGGAACAAGCAAGCACUACAGAAAGAGUAUUUCAAGACAGACAGUAUCAAAUUGAUGCUGCAAUUGUUCGAAUUAUGAAGAUGAGGAAGACACUUAGCCACAAUCUCCUGGUUUCAGAAGUGUACAACCAGUUGAAAUUUCCAGUAAAGCCUGCUGAUCUUAAGAAGAGAAUAGAAUCCUUAAUUGACCGGGACUACAUGGAAAGAGAUAAAGAAAACCCAAAUCAGUACAACUACAUUGCAUAAAAGUUGGCCUUGGAGCAUUUUGUGUUUCAUGCUGUAGCCAGUGGAUAAACUUAACUUGUUGAUCCUAUAUUGUUUGACUUCUUUUAUACUACCGAUGACCAAAUGAAGCAGUGUAAUGGAAAUAGUUGAGUGGACAUUUUCAGUGGUUAACAUGCCAAUUAAAAGAGUAAUACUUACCUUUAAGAAGAAUGUUGUUGAACUCUUUGCAUGUUAUUUAGUAUGAUGUACAGAAAACUCUUAAGAAAGUAUUUGGUCUUCAUGAUUCCUCUUUGGAAAUAGGGAAGAGGUCCCCAUGGCUAUUAAAAAAGGGGGGUUCUUAUACACCAUUAAUUAUGAAGCAAAGGUUUAUUUGCUUAAAAUGUCAUUUAAAGAUACUUAAACUGCAUGCAAACUUUAUUUACUGUACAGAGUUCUGGAUGUAUUUAUCAAAUAGAAAAACCACCCUGGACUUGGUUGUUCACCUGUUUUGUGAUUUCCCUUGAAAAGAAAA